AUGGAUGAAACAUCAGAAAGUGUGAAAAAUGAAAUAGAACAGCAACAACCAGAUCAUACAGAUUCAGAGGAAACUCAAUUGGGUCCCCCAACAACAACACCAGUUAGCCGAUUUAAAAAAACUCGAAAGGUAACACCGUCUCGGCAUGAUGACCUGAUAAGAGAAAUGGAAAAGGAUAGAAAAAUAAGAAGUGAAGAAUUUAGUUUUUUGAAAGAACAUUUGAAGAAAACAGAACAACAAAAGGACAGGUUCUUAGAAAUUGUUGAGGCAGCUUUUGGGACAAAAAAAAGAAGAAAGAGUGAUACAAACGAUUCUGACACUGACUAG